CUGCUCUUCCGACUACAAGCACUCCUGCAGAGACAACAACAGUGCCAGGCACUUCAAUCCCAACUGCUGCAUCUUCCACUCUUCUGACUACAAGCACUCUUGCACAGACAACAUCAUUUCCAGCCACUUCAACCCCAACUCCCUCAUCUUCUACUCUUAUGACUACAAGCACUCGUGCAGAGACAAAAACAUCAUUGCAACUUAAUUCAAGCCCAACUCCUGCAUCUUCUGCACUUUCGACUACAAGCACUCCUGCACUGACAACAGCAUUGCGAAGCACCUCCCAAAUUAUGUCCCCCUCUUCUCCUGCAACAAGCCCAUCUCCUACAGCAACCUCAGCAGGUACAGUAACCACCGCUCAGGAGACCACUUCUCCAGCUGGAACAACAAAUGCUCUGACAUCUACCAUAAGAACAACCUCCACACAAACACUCUCCAGCAGUUCACCUCCCUACACCACUGCUGCUCCCUCCUACACGGCUAUACCAACAUCUACCCCUGCUACCCCAACAACAUCUGCUCCUCAAACUACAAUUGCCAGCUCUUCCACGCCAACAGAAAGUACAGCACUUUUGACAACAACAGUCCCCUCAACUACGCAGGACAUCUCCAGCCAGACUGCUCAAACAUCCAACGCUGCUACAUCCAGCACCACUAACUCAGCCACUUCUGCUCGGCUAACAAGAACUCAUGCAGAAACCACAUCUUCCACCACCACCUUCACAUCACAUUCGAGACCAUCUGCAUCUCAGACAAGCACACCAGGCACUACCAUAUCACCUCUGCCUGCAACCACAGCUCAGCAGACCACUGCUCCAGCUGGGACGACACCUCCAACAACAGCAAGUACGACUCUCUUCUCAACAAGGGAAACAUCAAGCAAAGAAGAAGAAACAAGCACUGUAGUCACUUCAAGCCAAACUCCUGCAUCUUCUGUUCUUCCGAGUACAAGUACUCCUGCGCAGACAACAUCAAUGCCAAGCACUUCAAGCCCAACUCCUGCAUCUUCUACUCUUAUGACUACAAGCACUCUUGCACAGACAACAUCAUUACCAGGCACUUCAGUCCCAACUCCUGCAUCUUCUGCUCCUCGGACUACAACCACUCCUGCACAGACAACAUCAGUGCCAGGCAAUUCAAGCCCAAUUCCUCCAUAUUCUACUCUUCUGACUACAAGCACUCUUGCACAGACAACAUCAUUACCAGACAAAAUCACAGCCAGGCACUUCAAGCCCAACUUCUGCACUGCUAACAAGCACUCAUGCAGAAAGCAAACCUUCCAUCACCACCUUCACAUCACGUGCACGAACUUCUGCAUCUUGGACAACCACACCAGGCACUACCACUUCAGCUUUGACUGCAACAACUGCUCGAGAGACCACUACUCCAGCUGGGACGACACAUCCACACAACUCCAACAUAGAAACAACAUCUACGUCCACCAUCAAAGGUACAUAAAUUGA